AUGCCUUUCACUCAUAACCACGACGACUUUCAAGCCACCGAGCCUUUCGAGACGCCUCGUAACCAUGACCAUGACGACUUCGAGGACAACCAGUCUUCCGAGGGGCUCGUCACGGAUCCAGGUGUCCCUACAUUUGUUCUCCGCGCAGGCUUAGGUGAUCCACGUGGCGCGCCUAUGCCCGGCUCAGCCCUGUUGAAUUUUGAAAGGCAACGAGACCGGACAUUGACUGUCAAUCUUCUGCAAUGUCCCGAGGGAGAUGCUGUGAUGAAGGAGGUUCAGAUGUGUCGAUCUGCCUUUGACCUGGGUUGUGUUGGCUUGUUGUCGGGCGAGAGAGUUGAAGAUUUCAAUCUUGCUUUUCUACUAUUGCAUGCAUAG